UCCGCUUGGAAUAGUGGAUACGCUGUUGCGUUUUCAAAUUCAUCGGAUUGGAAACUCCACAAUCCCGUACGAGGCUAUAGCCAAGUCGUGUUCCUCCAUGGUCAUAUGUACAUGUAGCUUCCAUUAAUGUCUUCAACCACUCACAAUGAAUGGUUUACAUUAUUUGUUGGCAUGAUUGACUUCGUCUGCGGAGAGAGGAAAUAAAUCCGACUAUAGUAUGCACAUUUGCUACGAGCUCAUCUAGUGCAGAAUUGAAACACAAUGCCAGAUUCUAGUGAUGAGGACGGGGAUUUUGGGCAGCAGUUGCCACCGCUACACAUCUACCUUAAGAGGGUUCUGGACAAAUACCCGGAAGGUGGACAGAUCUUGAAGGAGCUUGUGCAGAAUGCAGAUGAUGCAAAAGCAAAGAAUGCGAUUUUUCUUUACGACAAGACACAACAUCCGAGCCAUCAAUUGUGGUCUGAGACAUUGAAGGACUUCCAAGGACCAGCUCUGUAUGCCUACAAUGAUGCAACCUUUCAGAAGCAAGACUGGUACAACAUCCAGCACCCUGAGCAGAGUGGGAAGCUGGAAGACCUUACCAAGGUUGGGAGGUUCGGCCUGGGCUUCAUCUCUGUCUACCAUCUUACAGACAUGCCCUGCAUCAUCAGUGGCAACAAAAUCGGUUUCUUGGACCCACUGGAGAAGAACUUCAUCCAUGACCCUCACACCAACACAAGAUACAAAGGCAGGCGUGGUAAGAAGUGGAAGAUGACAGCCGAUCUUCUGGCUGAAUUUCCAGACCAGUUUUCACCAUACCUGAUUGACUUGUUUCACUGUAAUAAACACAACUUUAAAAACGGUCAAUUAGAGGGUACUGUUUUUCGAUUUCCAUUGCGAACCAGGGAAUCACUGGUCAGUAAGUCGGUGUUCACUGAUCAUGCCCGUGUGCAUGACCUCUUUGCGUCAUUCCAGAGAGAUGCAGAGAUCUCUCUGUUGUUUCUCAAGCAUGUAGAAUCCAUAGCCGUGUAUGAAAGAGAUCUUAUGUCUGACAAUCCUAGACUUAUUUGUAAGGUACAGAUUCACGAAGACGAUCGUCAUCAGCUUCGUAUGGACAGAACAACAUUCCUGAGCCAGAUUAUCUCGAAUCAAGACAUUCAAACAAUGAGCUGUGUACGAAUCCAGAAGCAAACUGGAUCACAGACAGCUCAAACGACCAGCAGAUACAUCAUCUUGAACAGCUUCAAGAGCACAUCCAGACGUCUCCAAGAACUUAGCAAAGAUGAUGAACUGAAGUUGCUGCCAUGGAUGGGGAUGUCCUUCCUAAUAAGCUCUACAGCAGGUUUAGAUGACGAACAGCGAAGUGGCCGUGUGUUUUGCUUCUUACCUUUGCCAGAGAGUGAGAAGACUGGAUUGCCAGUCCACGUACACGGCUACUUCGGUCUUGGAGACAACCGUCGUAGUAUCAAGUGGCCAGAUCAAGAGUCCCAGCAUGACAACAAGGCACUCUGGAACAAGCUCCUCACACGGAAAGUCUUUCCGGAAGUUUAUGCAAAGGUCAUCCAGGCUGUUAUAAAGAAGAGUAAAGAUCUGUCUGAUCCAACGACGCCGUUGGAUGUGUAUAAAGCGUGGCCUUCCAUUGAGCACAUACACGCAAAUUGGUCAGCUGGGGUCAAGAAAUUCUUGCAGCUGCUAGCGAACGAGCCCAUCUUCUACACAGAGCAUAAUGGCGGCUCCUGGAAAAAGCCAAUGGACCUGUAUGUUGACCCAGAGGAAAGCCCCUUGGUUUCAAAGGUGCUGAUAAUCAAAGGUUGUCCAGUUGCACAGCCUCCAAACCACGUUCUGGAGUCUCUUCAAUGGGCAGGUGUGACUUACAACACGGUUACACCUGCACUUGUGAGUGACUGGAUCAGAGGGGAUCCACUGCAGUUCCUGUCACGUGACGAGAAGUUUGAGCUUCUUAAAUACGUGACCAGUGAACCAGUUUGUGAUCUGAAAAACCUGCGUCUGCUUCCCUUGCAGAGUGGCGAUUUUGUUGCGUUUCGUAACGAUGCGCCAAUAGUAUACAUUGCGACCACAGAGAAUCCAAGUUCUCUGAUCCCAAAUGGGGCGUCAAAAUUCGCUGUAAGUGACCUACCAUCGACAUUGCUAACAGAUCCGAGAAUAGAGGAGCACACACAGCUAAAACGCAUUGGCGUUAAUGAUGUUGCACCUCUAUUGAAAGAGAUGCUUCCAAGCACGUGGAGAGGAGGAACAGAUGAUACCGUGCCAUGGACCCCGGGACAGGACCAACAACCAACAAAGGAGUGGUUAGAGGAGUUUUGGAGAUGGUUGGCAAAAACAGACCUUGAGGCGUUCAAAGGUAUUCCCCUCAUUCCGGUAGCACACAGUCGCAUUGCCAGACUGCAACAGAGUAAGCUAAUUUGCCAGGUGCAGGAGGGGGGCUCUUAUGGGCGUUAUCCUGCACGCUUGUCAGAUAACAUCUGUUCAUUUCUUGUGUCUGUCGGGGCUGUUGUUAUACGGGAUCUUCCGUCUUAUAUAAGUAAUCACCGACAUGUCAACAAAUUUGUUGGUGCUCCGACACCCGAAGGAGUAAUGACCAUUCUAGAGGCAUGCAGCCAAAAUAACCUCGAUGCACAGGUUCAAGGUUUGGCUGCAAGCACAAAAGACGAACUAUGUACUUUCCUCGCAAAACUCCAGCACCUAACGCACCGACAAAGUGACAUCUUGAAGUCUCUCUCUUUCUUUCGUGGAAGUGAUGGGACAUAUAUUGCAGUCAGGACAUGUCCAACUUCAAUUCCUGGUGACUAUUUUGAGUUACCAGUGAGAGCUCUGAGACGUCGAUGUAUUAUGCUAAGAUCUGAUGAGUCGGACAAGCUACUGUUACAACUUGGGGUUGAAAAGCAAUCUGUUGUUCAGUUUCUACAAAGAAACGUCCUCCCUGCAGUACAGGAGGGAUUCUAUAGUGCCGACGAUUCACUGAAAAUCAUGAGGUGGGUCUUGGAGCAAGUAACAUUUGACCACUUGGUGACAGACUUGAAGUUUAUUCUAGUUUCUGGAUGCAAAGCAAGUCCAGAGGAGCUGUUCGAGCCCUCUCAAACCCUUCAGGUGAUGUUUAGAGGAAGCAGCAGGUUUCCAGUUGGACAUUAUUCCAAAGGCAGACUGCUAGACAACUUGAAACGGGUCGGACUCAAAACAGAGGCAGACGUGACACCAAAUGACGUUUUGAGGUGUGCAACGGAGGUUUCCCAAACCACAAACUGCCAUGAUGUUGAAAGGGGAUCAGUACUUUUACAACACAUCAACCACUAUCCGGGUCUCUUACGUGAACAGGUCACGAGCAACAGGACAUGUAAAGCACUAUAUAAGUUUCUUGAAGAUCUGUUUUGGGUUCCGUGUGAAGCUUCACCACCUGCUGACUACCCUAACAAGGCUGGUUGGAUUGGAAACUCCCAAACACUCUACUCACCCAGACAAGUAGGACUUAUUGAUUCUGCUCUGCUUCAAGGCUCUGUGCUCCCUCUUGUCAGGUUACAUAACGUCAAAGAUGAAUUACUGAAUGCCUUUGGAUGGAAACAGAAUCUUGAUUCCAGCAACUACCAACACGUCGAACGGGUAAUGCUUCAUCUUAAGAAUGUUGCAAACAACUACCAGAAUGUUCGUGAUAAUGUGCAUAUUGUUUCUCAUACAGUGUCCGAGGUAUAUUUCUUCUUCACUAGAGCAGAGAAUGUACAAUUGAGACACCUUUUUCACGAGCACAUGAGUGCUCCACAACCAUGGGUGUGGCAUGGUUCUGGUUUCACCACUCCUGACAAGAUGGCCCUGAGCAACGGGACACUUGGUGUUUCUUUGACCCCUUAUCUACGCCUUGUUCCUGAGGAUUGUCUCCAGUACAGAUGUUUCCUAAAUAGCAUGGGUGUCAAAGAGACUCUUGCCGUCUCAACUGGGCUACCGUUCCACGUCAAUGGCAACUUCUUGCUGCAACCUAACCGUCGCCAGCUGUGGAGCAAAUCCUCCUCCGACACGGGAGAAUUUGAGACCCGUUGGAAUAUCUGCUUCAUGGAAUCAGUCUUGUUGCGUGCUUUUGUGAAUCUACUGAAAGAUCUUCAAAUGUUGCAUGAAAAAGAUGUUGUUGAUGCUCGCAACUUCCAGUUUUUGUGGCCCAGAUGGAGUGAGUCUGAAACUGAUUUUCAUCCUUUCGUUAAAGCCUUCUACAAGAAGAUAGGAAGUUGUGUCGAUGCCCCAGACGUAUUCUUUCACCAAAGUAAGUGGGUAUCAGUCCAUCGAUGUUUCUUCACUGAUUGGGGAUUGACCGAUCCUGAAGAGGUGAGACGAAGUAUAACAACUGUGCUAAGCAAGCAACAGAAUCAGAAACGAUGGGUCGAACUGGAAAGAGAUGUAGUUGACAGCAUCAAACAAGUAGACGCUCAAGAAGUUUUCGACAGCAACACCUUCAACAUCCAGCGAUUUUUAUCUGAGGUAUUAUUUCCGAUGUUGAAGAACCCUCAAGACAUCGAGUCUACCCACAGAAACAGGAUUGUUCUUUACAUGUUAGACCUUCGUCUUGGAGAAAGAAAACUGGAAGAUUAUGAUGAAUUACUGAAGGAUACGGAGUGUAUACCGACUUCCCCAGAAGGAGAAGACUUGGCAAGACCUCAGGAUUUGGUGAAUCCUGAAUCACCAGUUGGAUCACUGUAUAGCGAGACUGACUGCCGGUCUCCAUAUGGAGAGCUGUACCGUAAACAAGAACGUCUUCUGUCUUUAUCCCAGCUAGGGAUGGCUUUGCAUGACUUAUCUUGGGAAGAUAUCUGUGAGAGAGCACAAUCACUUUCAGGGGGCAAGAAUGUUGUCCAGAGGUGCGUGACUCUUUUAAAGCUGAUGGAUGAAAAGCUCAGAAGGUCUGACGAGCCAACACCCGAUCAAAGGAAACGCAUCCAACAAGCAGCUUUCCUUCCAGUCCUGGAGAAGCCCCUUAGCUAUCCUAUUGAUUGGUGUCACUCUGACAAUGAGUUUAUGUCUGCAGACAUGCUUCAUACACCAGAACACCAGAACCUUCUUGGGUCCGUUCGACCACUAUUGGACGAGAACAGAUUGGGAUCUGAGGCAAUGAGUGACAAGGUUAAAACCUUUCUUGGAUUCACGGGAAAACAAGUUGCAGUCAAUGAUGUCAUUUCACAACUUGAUAUUUUGAUCAAUCAAGCACCUGGGGUGGCUCAUCAAACAUCAAUGGUUCGAAGUAUAUACGAAUAUCUCCAGAGCGAAAUCUGCGUGGAGUCUCCAAACGGUGAAGAUACUUUCAAAGAAGAGCACCGUGCUGCUGUGAACAAGCUUCGUUCGAUAGGAUUCGUUUUCUGUGAUGGCCAAUUCAGAAAGUGUAAACAACUUGCUUUUCUCUACGAAGGCAAAGAUGGACCAUAUCUGUACAAAGUUUCCCGUGAACUCACUCAAUUAGAGGACUUCCUUGAAACACUUCAGCUUCUGAAGGAAACAUAUGGCGAGGAACCUCUGAGUGAAUCAGAUCUGAAAACCGCGACGAUGAUGUUGUCAGAAGUUGUCUCCAAGUUAGAAGAAAAGCAUGGAGAAAACACUAAAGGUAGCCGGAAAAGCAGCUUACAAAAGGGCUUAAUCUAUGUCCCAGACAUCUGCGGGAUCUUGCGGUUACCAGGAGAGCUGACAUACAACGAUAUGGAAUGGGAGGGAAGUCGUGACGAAGAAAAGUAUACACAUCGAGAUAUAUCGUCCCCCAUUUAUGCUAAGGUUUUGGGUAUCGUCACUGAAAGGGAGAAGUACAUUGAUAGCUGCCUACCAUUGCAAGGGUUUGCAACAGAUUUCGGCCAGAGUGAACAACUAACGGAUCGUCUGAAUAACAUACUAGGGUUGUACCCAAACGUCUCUGAUGUAUUCAAAGAGCUUCUUCAAAAUGCCGAUGAUGCAGGAUCAACAGAGAUACACUUUGUUUACGAUCCACGUCAUCACGAAGCAGAGAAGGUCAUAUGUGAUUCCUGGGCUGCCGUAGGAGACCUUCCAUCGCUCUGUGUGUAUAAUGACAAGCCAUUCACUGAAGCAGACAUCAAAGGCAUUCAAAAGGUAGGAGUUGGAGGAAAGAGAGACGACAUAACAACAACUGGGAAGUUUGGAAUCGGUUUCAAUGCAGUCUACCACCUGACUGAUUGCCCGAGUUUCCUGAGCAACAGUGACACCCUUUGUGUGUUUGAUCCGCUAUUGAUGUUUUCUCCAGUGACACAGAAUAAUUCACCCGGGAAACAACUGUUGGCAGACGCUCCGUUCAGGGAAAAAUUCCCGGACAUGUUGAGAGGAUAUCUGGAGGAUAUACCUGCCUUUAAUGGAAAGGGGGGAACAGUUUUCCGGUUCCCACUCAGGAAACAGCAAUCCAGGCUUUCUCAAGAGACUUUCCAUCCAAGAAGAGUAAAGGAGCUGCUUGGUGAAUUCCAAAAAGUGUCAGAUGAAGCUCUUCUUUUCCUCAACAACAUCAAAACGAUCAGUGUUUCAUGUAUUGAUGAACACACCAACAACCUGACAACAGAAUACAGCAUCAGUGCAAAGUUAUCAGAACAAGACGAAGAUCGACGCUCACAGCUGGCAGAGCACCUCAAGCUUUUCACAGAUGACCCCUGUGAGACAAUUGAGCCCAUGUCUCAAGUGUACACCCUCAUGACAAGUGACUCGCUUGGCGCUGAACAAACAUGGCUCAUUUCUCAGACACUGGGGUUUGAAGGUUUGGAGUCUGAAUGUCAGUCGGUGUCAAGAGCUUGUAGCUUAAAGAUUCCACGUGGUGGAGUAGCGGCUCUCCUCAAGGAUAGCAGAACGGAGAUGACAACAAUUCAGCGGCCCAAGGCGUACUGCUUUCUCCCACUGCCGGUUUACACCAAAUUAUCAGUGCACGUGAGUGGGACGUUUGAGUUGGGUUCGGCAAGAAAGAAUCUUGCAAAAGGCGAUGAUUAUGCGAAAUCAGAUGAUACUUCAGACAAGAGCCCACUCAUCCAUAGAUGGAAUCGAAUACUGGUAGAGCAUGCACUUGCCCCAGCUUAUGCUAAAUUAAUUGAGCAUGCGGGGCGAAUAAUACUUGGGGAAGCUGAUGUCAAGUCUUUGAAACUGCACCUUUGGCGGUAUGAUGAGCUUUUUCCAAAGCAUUUGAAGAGCUAUAGUGGAGAAUGGGAACUCCUAGCAAAAGCUACGCUUCGGUACAUCAGUAAGGAAAACUUGACGGUUUUACCUGUUGUACGUCAAACCGAAGAUGCUAUCACAACCACUUGGCAUCAUCCAAAUAGUGAUGCCAGUCUUGCAUUCACAGAUAACUUUGUUAGCACUCCCUCUGUUGCCGGCUUGAGCUCAGUGAGUAGGCCUACACCACGGGAGUUAAUGCGCACCUUCUUGCUGAGUGUCAACUUCAACCUGUUGGCCAGCUCUCGGGAUGUAUGUUCGGCGUUUCAAGAUUGCGAUGUUGAAGCAAAGUUUGUAUCUCCGCAAUCUGUCGUUCAGCAUCUUUCAUCUGGAUCUAAUCCAGUGGCACAGACCAUCCCUGCUCGAUUGGAGGAAACCAAAUUCAAGAACAUCCAGACUUUGCGUACAGUGUUCGAGUACUGCCUUGAAGGUAUCGAAAAUCCAGCUGAGCUGAAUGGCUUGCCCAUCCGUCUGACGAAUGAUGGCGAACUGCGUGAGUUUUCAACGUGUGAUGGUUCAUAUGUGACAGGACACUCCAGGGUACUACCUUGUCUGCAGAAUAUAUUCCUUCACAGCGAGCUUGUUUUACCGUGCAUUGAUUGGUUAGAGAAGCUUAAGAAAAAGAAUUCCGAGGCUACUGAUAGCAGUGGAAUGUUUAAGCAGUUUACCAUAAUGGACCUGGCCCAACACCUUGGGAAGCAUAUGCCAGAGAGCUGGCAAGGUUGCAAUCAGCACGUUGAGUGGACAUCAGGCAAAGAUGGUCAUCCCUCCAAGUCGUGGCUUGGACACCUGUGGGCAUUCAUCUGCAGUGAGACAUUAGAGGAAGGCUCCCUUGAUUGUAUCAGCCACUGGCCAAUAUUUCCAACUACGUCUGACAAACUGGUGCCCCCGUCUUUAUCCAAAACAGUAUUACUCCUGCAAAACAGUGAAGUUGGAUUUGGGAUGCAGACGGUCAAUGCAUUGCGUAAACUUGGUCUCCCAGAAAUUAAAAAAUUGGCCAUGUGCGAGCUCAAGCCAAAAUAUAUUGCUGGUAAGAAAGUUUUAGUUCCACACGCACCACCGUUGCUACUAGAAUUCCUGGAAAAGCACUUGGCUUUACCACAGUCACGGCUGGAUGUCAUAAGUGUCAUCAGUUAUGUGCUCGAGACAGGUAGUGUUGUUGGUGAUCUGACACUCGCAGAAAGCACCACCCUCCUUCAUUAUUUUCAGGGGGAAGAAAGCCUAACAGAUGACAGCAUCAGGACUGUCAAAAGGCUCCCGGUUUUUAGACGUAUUGAAGAAGAAAAGGCCAUUGACCUUUAUCGCUUUAAUCACUACCACACUGCAGAAGGCGGCAGAAUGUUGAUGGUUGACGCAAAGACCUGGAUGGACAACAUGCACUGUGCUAUUCUUGAGCCCAAUCGUAGCUUGGAUCUGAUAUACCAUCAGCUUGGAAUAACGCCAAUUACACAAGCUGACAUGUACCUCAUGUACAUAUUUCCCAGUUUCCAAGUGCUUAGCCAAAAGGCUAAAUUGGAGCAUUUCAAAUUCAUCAUAAACAACGUCAUGCAUGAGACUGAAGAUCAAAAGCAAAAAGAAAUUCUCAAGCAACUGUCCCACAUUCCGUUCAUUCCUGAUGAAAGAGGUAUUCUGCAACGUGCCAGCUUCUUCUACGACAGUGCCAACCCUGUCUUCAAGGCUUCGAUCGACCCAAUCAACUUGUUGCCUGAAUCCAUGAACACCUUGAAAUAUUUGCUGGAGAAGAUUGGUUUCCAUUCAACAGUUACCCAAGCCGACUUCCUUCAGUUCGCACACGACAUACAAAAGAGGGCUAGUGAAGUGAAAGACAAGAAAAAACGGGAGGAAUUGUGCGUCAACUCUGGUACUCUGAUAAAUGAAAUUGGCACUAACAGUAAGCUCCAUGAUCCACACUUCCUGAAGACAAUCGCUUCAAUCAAGUUCGUUCCAUCCGUCGUAAUCAAGUCUAAACUGCUUGAAAUCCACCCUGCCUGCUCUUCAACAGACAAUAACAACCGAGCACCUGUAUUCAUUGCAUUCGAAGGAUCGGUGCCUAAAACCCAUUUGAAACUCAUUUGGACAGUGUGUAUGGUACUACCACACGAGGUCGUACCUCCAAAUUCAACCAUAAAAGACGAGAUCGUACCUCCAAAUUCAACCCAAAAAGACCAUGUAACUGUUCAUAGUUGUCUUGGCAUUGUAAAAUAUCCAAGUGCUGACAAAGUUCUAUCGCAUACACAAAACAUCUGUGGACUGAUGGAGAAAAAGAAUGCUAUUCACAAAGAAGACACACUGCCUACAGAACAGAGAGAGGCGUUCAAAGGCGUCAUGGGCAAGAUUUUGGGCUUCUUGAAUGGAAGCAUGCGUAAGCACAGUGAUGACAUUAAACGUCGUUUGAAGUGUACUCCAGUAUGUCUUGUGGAAGCAGGACGUGUAUUGGUGAGAGCAGAUCAGUUGGUAUUUGAAAUGGACAAAGAUCUUGAGCUGUCUUUGCGUCCAUACUUGUACAAAGCACCACGAGAAUUGACAAAGUUUGAUACUGUCCUCAGACUGCUUGGAGCCCAGGAUUCAUGUUCCUUUGACCAGCUGGCAGGAGUACUGGCGUCAAUGAAAAAGGAAUGUGGUAAUCAACGUCUAGGUCCAAAUGAACAGGAGACAGCCGUGGGUGCUGUUAAAGCAAUGCUCGGCCUACUGUUGCACAAUGAGAGCGUUCAAUCCACGUUUUCCGCAUCUGAGCUGUAUUUACCUAAUACAAAAUACUUCUUGAGGAGGUCGACUGAACUGUAUUAUGCUGACCGUAACCAAAUGGGGCAAUAUGACAUUGCAUCAACGGACAGGGAAUUCAUCUUUCCCGUAGAGCAGUGCGGAUUUCGGGUUGAGGAUGAAAUACGUCUCAUUCAACUUCUUCCAGAGUCUCUCCGACCUAAGAAUCUUGGGGAUGAGAUGAAUGAGAAGCCGUUAGACACCAAUGAAGACUGCCUCGCUGGACAGCAUUGUGAGUAUCUGGAAGGCAUCAAGCGAAAGGUGAAAUCAGAGGAGAUGACUCGUGUUUUGCUCAGACUUCUGAAACACCAGUUUGAAAACAAACAACUGAGUGCUGACAUCAAAAAGCGCAUAACACAACUCCAGGAAUUUGACAAUUUCGUCUGCAAAGCAGAAUUGAAGCUUGGCUUAUACGACAAUGAUGGACGUAAAAUUGCAGAGCACAGGCACACGCGGAAAGCGUAUUUUGACAAAUUGGCGGGAAUAAUACACCUAGAGCACUCAUCACUCUCUCAGCAGAAGGGUUUGACUUAUGGGCAAAUUGCAGACAGUUGCAAUGCCCUCCUGAGACAUCGACUAGAUUCUGAACAUGUACGUCACUGUGCGCACGCUUUGGACUGUCAGAAUCUUGCGGAGAUGAAUACAAUUAUUUCCCAGUCUGGCAUCCCUGAGUAUGAUAUCACAACAAGUGCUGUCCAACCGGACGAGCACAUCCCGGGUACUCUAAUACCGAGAGAUAUUCGUCACCUGCUUGAUCAUGACCCCUACAACCGUUUCCUCGUAGAUGAGAUAGUAGGUUAUGAAAGAGACAUUGACGAAGGAGACCAGUUGCAGUAUGACGACAGUGACGACCUUGCCUCGGGCCCUGGUGAUUUGGUACCGUCAGAAACACCGCCGGAUGGUGCUACUGAGAAAAUCUAUGCAAAAAUCCUUGAGCAGAUUGACAAGAGUGAUGAGACGGUCAACUUAUCGAGACGAUACAAAAUCGACGUUGGAGGAAAGGAGCCCAUCAUUGUUAAAGUGACGAGACUUUAUAAAUUUCUGCGACCAAAGAAACAACCAGACAUGACAGUCGUUCCUCUCAGCCGGGAACCUACAUCUAAUGUCCCACCUGCGGCACAUUUUGACCAAGCUCUUCCAGAAGACAUGCAGAAAGACGAAGAGCAAAUUAAGAUGGAGGUUGACGAGGUAUUUGGAAUGCCGCCGGAGGAACGCAAAAGGGUUUUCUACCGUCUCUAUCGCAAGUGGCAUCCCGAUAAGAAUCAAAGCCAGCAGGAACGUGCCAAUUGGGCCUUCCAAUUCCUCAAACAAGAAAUAAAUAGGCAUGAAAGGGGUAGUGAGCCCAACCAGCGGUGCUCUUAUCAGUAUUCUUACUGGGAAUCAGAGGUCAAUAGGGACAGGGAAGAAGCCAAACGAUAUCAAGAGACGUAUUACCGUAGUCGGUCCAGCGCCAGAUCAAACAGAUCAUAUGGUAACUUUGUGCCGCCGUCCUUUACAAGAGAGACCCCAGAUCCACGACAAGCACGGCUGUGGUUCCGUCAGGCCAAGGAACACCUUAAGGUUGCCGAGCAGACGAGCCAACAUGAACCAGUCCCAACUCAGUGGAUAGCCUUCCAGGUACAUCAGGCCGCAGAAACUGCUCUCAAAGCAGCUCAGUACAGUCUGGACGGAUGUCCAGACAUGAACUGUAACGAUCUAAUAUCUCUAGCUAGGGCAGUUUGCCAACACAGGGAAGUAACUUCUAGCCGAGUGUCUGAGGUAACAUAUGAACUAGUUCAUCUGAAUUGCGACUUCAGUAAACCUCGCUACCCACAGAGGAACUCAAAGACAAGUGGACAAGAAUACAGUGAUUUCAGCACAGCGGACGUUUUGAGGAAGUGUGGAGAACUGCUGAACCUUGUCCAAGACAUAAUCGGUAUUAGGUUGUUUUAGACAACAUGAUACGAAGCUGAAGCAAGAAGCUUUAUUCCCUUGAUUAAAAUAAAUGAAUAUGUGGCUGGAAGGGCCUAACUGUUAAUUCGUGCGUAUUUUGUUCAUUUCAUUUUUAGUAUGUUGAAUGUUGUACUCAUCUGGGCCUGUAUCUUUCUUAUGCGCGUACCCUCGAUUGAUAAGUCUUAGUCAGAAAAACCCGAGCCAGGAGGCACUGCAGCCUUGGAUGUACUGACUAAUAUCUUAUUUUCCCAUCUGUAUAUAUGCACUGAGAUAACUGAGCAACUAAGUAGGGAGCUGAUGCUGAUUUGAAAUAAAUGUUGAUACUGUCAAAAGCUUUUCGAAGAUUCCUAUACGCCUGAAUCUGUAUUGUGCCUGUUCGUAGCCAAGUAGCAGUUGAUUUGUUCAAAGAGAGGCUUUUGAGCUUGUUAACUGUAGAUAGUGUUUUUUUUAAGGUUACAUAGACAAGAGGCAGGAUUAAAGAAAUGCUAUACUCGAUAAAGAACUUGACAGGAAAAUAAUCAAGUGCAAGGAUGUAUACAUUUGUUUAGUAUUUGUAGCAAUUUAUGUAGGAACUUAAUUAAGAGCCUGAAAGUUUUGUGUUGUAUGUAAACGUAAUAUAAAAGUACUACAAGUACUAGCUGUAAAUGAAGAAAACAUAAUUAUCUCAUGCUUAGCAUGGCCAGCAAAUACUUGUACGAGUGUCUACAUGUCAUUCAUAUGCCUGACGCGUGUAAUACAGAACUUAGAGUUUGUUGUGUGGAUCGAUCCGCGCCUUUGAAAUUUGUGAAUUUGAUACAAUGAGAAUUUCAAAUGGAAUGAAUUUUUAGUUUCGUGAUCAUUUUGUUUUGAAUAGAUAUCAGCAGCAGAUUUAGUUUAAAUAAAAGUAGCUUAGUAAGAGAAUACUUUGUUUUCAGUAUCUUCGGUUGAGUGGUCGCCGAGCGUUACUAUAAUUUUUUUGUGUUAAAAACUGUGGCGGUACAAAACAUUCGUGCGAUAUUGAAAUGUUACAUAAGCAUUAGGCCUAUGCAAUGGCCAACUUUUAGUGUCAAAAUACAACAGACGUGUUCUUUUGAAUGGUAACUUUUCCCACUUUUAUUACACCAAGAUCUUUAGAAAUUCAUGGCUUAAGAAAUAGGGCCUAGUGUGUAGCUUAAAAGAAAAUGUAUCUGCCACGCACUUAAAAUAUGUUUGGAAAUAAUGUAUCUUUAUGUAUAUAGAUCGUAAUUCAGUUGUUUGUUAGUUUAAAAAAAAUAUGGUAAGAAAACGUGUUUGGUAUUAAUUUUGCAGUUACGUAGUUCGACUUUAUUAUAUGCAUUGGAGUGUACCCCAAAGAAAUUGCCUCGUUAAUCUAGGGAAUAGUCUUACAUCUGUUUAAUUUGGAUAUCAUUUAUUUGCAUUUAAUUAAGAUUGAUGAGUCAUGUUUGAGGAUCAUUAAGCAUAUAUGUGUACGAUGUUUCUAGUUUAAAGAAUUGUUUCAGUUUUUUUCAUAAACUGUUGUAGAAGAGAGCCAUAUAUUUUCAUGAUUAUCCUUUGUAUAUCGCACAGAAGACAUGGAGAGAAGGUUUUGUAUUGGAAAUUUGGAUCAGUCAUGUCUUAAUUACAACCUGAAGCUUAAAAAAAAUUAAACUUGAAACACGUACAAAUUUAGCGAACGUUGGUGAUGAUUGAUGUUAGUAAAGAAAUAUAUAUCUCAAGAGAGAGAAAUAUAUCGCAAGCAAAGACAAGAAGAUAUCAUGUGAUACCGUUGUUUCAAAAAGAGAGUAUAAACUAUGGAUGUAACGGGAAAUACUGGAAUACAGUUUACAUGAGCAAUAUUAAUUUUUGGUAUACAAGACGUGUAAAGUAUUUUCCUUCCACUCGCAGAGAUUUGUUUAAAAACGUUUAAUUUGAUAAUCAUCAAAACACACUGUCAAUUUUUUACAUGUAAAACACUGAACUGCAUUAGGAGAGUUGAAUGAUACCUGCGGCUAAAAUGGAAAUAUCCGCAAACGACCAUGAUAUGUAUUUGACUUUUGAAAGGUCGAAGAUUAAGAACACUUAAUAUGAAGGAUCACACGUGUCACGUACCAUGAAUCCAGAAGUUUUAUUGAUAUGAAUUCACUGGAAUAAUUUUACGAUUGAAGGGAUAAGUUUUGCACGUUUUCAUCAAUUUGACAGUAUGUGUAGAUUACUGUAGUAAUAUAUCAUUUUUGUGUUAAUAGGCCUGAUUAAAGAGCAGUAAGGGAUACCUUUUUUUAACCCUGCUGAAAUUUUCAUCUGUGGUUUCGGUUUGUUUAAGUGUUAUGGUUUUAUAUGGGUUCAGAGUUUGUAUACUUCUUAUAUAUCGUGAUAAUAUACCUCGUAAAGUGAACAUUUAUGAUGAUGUGACAAGUGUUUAUUGUUUGCGAUUACGAAAAAGUAAACAAGAGGAUCAUUUGCUAAGGGUGGCAUUUAGAAUAGAAUAAGUGUUAUGGUUUUAUAUGGGUUCAGAGUUUGUAUACUUCUCAUAUAUCGUGAUAAUAUACCUCGUAAAGUGAACAUUUAUGAUGAUGUGACAAGUGUUUAUUGUUUGCGGUUACGAAAAAGUAAAGAAGAGGAUCAUACUUACUAAGGGUGAAAUUUAAAAUAGAAUAAGAUAAACGUUGGCAUAAAUACUGGCUGUCAAAUUAGGCUGACACAAUGGCAAGCAAAUGGGAUUCGUUAAAAUGGAAAUAAAACUUCUUCUUUUUUUGCCACUGAGCAA